AUGGCUGAGAUUGAUAUCAACUACCAUCGGGUUGGUGGUUGCACCUUUGAUCUUACAACUAGAUACGCGGGCUUAAAACUUUUAGGAGUUGGAGCACAUGGUGUUGUCUGUGCCGGCACUGAUCUUCUGAGAAAUGAAGGGGUUGCUAUCAAGAAGGUUCACUUGCCGUUCAAGACGAGCCAGGAUGCCAAGCGAAUCUUCAGAGAAGUCAUAUACUUACGUGACAUCUUCGUCUCGCGUCUUGAAGAUAUCUAUAUUGUCACUGAGCUCCUCAGUACGGACUUGGCACAUAUUAUUCGGUCCAAACCAAUGGAUAAUCAAUUUGUGCAAUAUUUCUUCUAUCAGAUAAUGCGUGGCCUGAAAUACAUUCACUCGGCAGGCGUGAUCCAUAGAGAUCUGAAACCAAGCAAUAUUUUAGUAGAUGAAAACUGCGAUCUCAAGAUUUGUGAUUUUGGCUUGGCCAGGAUCGUGGAUUCGACUAUGACGGGCUAUGUAACGACCCGGUACUAUCGAGCCCCUGAGACAAUGCUUACCUGGCAAGAGUAUAAUGUUGAGAUUGACAUGUGGAGCGCUGGGUGUAUCCUGGCUGAAAUGAUUGAAGGAAGUCCUCUCUUCCCAGGCCACAGUCACCCAGACCAACUUCUCAUCAUUGUAGAUCUUCUUGGCUCCGUUCCGAACAAUGUAAUAAGGAAAAUCGCGUCUCAAAAUACAUCGCAUUUUGUUGAAUCGCUGCCCCCUCGUGCAAGACAACCAUUCAGGAACAGAAUCAAAAAAGCGGACCCGGCGGCUCUCGAUAUCCUGGAGAGAUUGCUUGUAUGGGAUCCGAGUCAAAGAUUGAGCGCGGCAGGUGCCCUCUCUCGUGAAUAUCUGAGCAAGUACCAUGAUCCGACCGAUGAGCCGGUGGCUGGAGAAUUAUUCGAUUGGAUCUUGGUAGAGGCGGAUCAUAGCAUCGACUCUCUGAAAUCUCUGGUAUUUACUGAGAUUUUGGAUCAUUUUGGAACAAAUUUGGAAGAAUAUAAUGCAUGGGGAUGA